GGUUGGGCGCUUGGGAACGCGGAGGGCGUCAGAUUUAAGUUUGCCCUAGCAAGAUUUGGCGCCAGAAUCCCUUCCCUCGCUCGCGUCUUCUCACCACCAGAGCAAUCGAUCGUUGCUGAGCGAAGGACUUGGCUGAGAUCAAUGGCUUCCUCUCCGGGCGAUGAUGACGACGAUUUCGGUGGGGAUUUUCCCGGAACUCAUAGCGCACGUCGCGGCACCGCAGGCAGUAAAAGGAGCUUCGGCGAUCUCGAUGACGAAGAAGAGGAUAUAUUUUCAUCCAAGAAGAAGGGGCAUGGAAUGGCUGAAGAAAGUGCACCAGGUGUUGCAACAGGGAUGAUUUUAUCUCUUCGUGAAAGCCUUCAGAAUUGCAAGGACAAACUUGCAACUUGCCAGACAGAGCUUGAGACUGCCAAAUCAGAAAUCCAGAAGUGGCGUUCUGCAUUUCAAAAUGAUCCUGCUAUUCCUCCAGGUUCAUAUCCUGAGCCAGGUUUGGUGGUAAAUUAUUUACAGAAUUUGAGAUCUUCUGAGGAAUCAUUGAAGGAGCAGCUGGAGAAAGCAAAGAAGAAGGAAGCUGCAUUUAUUGUGACAUUUGCUAAGCGGGAGCAGGAAAUUGCUGAACUGAAGUCAGCUGUUCGGGAUCUAAAGGCACAAAUGCGGCCACCAUCGAUGCAGGCCAGAAGGUUACUACUUGACCCAGCCAUUCAUGAGGAGUUCACACGUCUAAAGAAUUUGGUUGAGGAGAAGGAGAAAAAGGUAAAAGAGCUGCAGGACAAUGUUGCAGCAGUCAAUUUCACCCCUCAAAGCAAGAUGGGGAAGAUGUUGAUGGCCAAAUGCCGGACACUGCAGGAGGAAAAUGAAGAGAUUGGAAUGAUGGCCUCAGAAGGAAAGAUACACGAGUUGGCUAUGAAACUUGCUAUGCAGAAAUCCCAAAAUGGAGAACUAAGGCGACAGUUCCAAGGACUGCAUGACUACAUGGAGGAGCUCAAUGAAACCGUUGAAAAAUCAAAUGAAACGGUGAGAAGUUUGAGGCGAAGACUAGAAGAGACGGAUAAAGAGUUGCAGAGACUGAAAGAGGAGUCUGCCAGCAAGGAAUCCAGCAAAGAAGAUAAAGACCAAGUUGGUGAUCAGAAGACCGAUCGGGAAAUUGAGGUUGAAGAUGGAGGGAAAGAUUUGAUGGACCUGAAGUAGUCAGUCUAGCAAUUCCAUACGCAUUGUUCCAUCUCAAGAAGUUGUGGCGAUUUUAUUCCAUGUACCAAACUCUUGUAGCUUCAGCUGGGAUUAUCGCUUUCUGAUCUGUGGUGACAAAGAGAACGCUCUUCUUUUCUGGAUGGGCGUGUGGGCAGCAUAUGUUCGGCCAAAUUUCUGGUGGCUAUUUGUUUGUACUGUUGCUGUAACUUGUUCAAUUUUGAGAACCAGCCGGCCAGAAGCAGGGUUGAGCGGAGAUGGGGUACAUUGCCCUUUUGAACAUUUAUUUGGCAGGAGGUGCAACUGUAACAUUUGACGUGUCCUUGCUGGGUUUUCUCAAUUUGGGAGCCACGUCGCUCCUGUGGCGUCUGAUUGCUCGUCUCCUAAGCUUCGUCAUUGAAAUCCCAAAUUCAGGUGUCA